AUGACACGCGCGAGGGUACUCUCCAAUGAGACAUAUGCCAGAAAAGUAUGCGAAGCCCCUACUUUCUCCGCGUACAUAUGUAUCAUCAUCGCAAACAGGCGGCCUAUCUUGCCCGACUCAGCUCCCAGGGCGAUCAGAUGCGACAUGUCGGUUGGAGCCCUUGUCGCUUUGCCGAGGGUUAUCGCUCAGUUCUGUCUGCGUAAUUUGUACGCGCACUCCCCGGUGAUCGAUGACGUGCCGAGGUGGCAUGGCGUCCCGUCGGCUUUGUGCGCGAGGGAGGCAGCCUCCCGAUGCCCGGGCGGCCACAGGACGAAUCCCCCUCACCCUCGACUGGACCGGGAGGAGUGGAACGGGGUGUUUAGAUUUGGAGACAUCUGCGCCGGCUGCGAAAUGAACGGAUUUAACGAUGUUGAUCCUAACAAGCGGGAGAAGUUGGACAACCGUAAAGAACCACAAAAUUUAAACGACGACCCCGACGAGGGCGACCACGAAGACCCCGGUAACGUCCCCGACGGCCAGGACAUGAGCAAUGACGAGCAAGAAGCUAACGGUUCAGAAGAUGCUGAUGAGAUCUCUGAGGAAGACGAUGAUGACGCCGAUGAUGAAGAUGACGAAGACGAGAGCCAAGACGAACUCUUCGAGUUCUACUUCCGUCGUCCCUGGCAUCUAUUUAGCUCGGAUGUAGAUGAAGGUUACUAUAUGGAAGGUGAAUAUGGUAUUCAUGACGAUGACGAUGAGGAUGAGGAUGAGGAAUGCCAAGAGGAAAUUUUACGUCGCUACAAGGAAUAUCGCGACAAAAAAAAUAACGGCGGAAGUGAUGAUUGUAAUGAUGUAUUU